AUGGCUAGAAGGAGAUUACCUGAUAGACCACCAAAUGGGAUUGGCAUGGCUCAAAGGCCAAGAUUGGUACCUCGUCCAAUUAAUGUGGAGUUAUCCAUGAAUAAAUUAAACAAACCAUUCAAAGUGCCGUAUCGUGUUAAUAAAGUUAGUCAUAACAAUUCUAGUACUACUACUACUACUCUUAGUAGUAGUAGUAGUCAAAGAAUAUUAAGGAAACGAUCUAACACAAUAAAUUAUUCAGGGAUGGAUGUUGAUAAAAAUAAUAAUUUGAUCAACAAUGAAGAAAAUAAUUAUUUGAUCAAUGAUAAAGAAAAUCCAAAAAUUUUGGAUAAGAAAAGAUUAACUAAUGCUUUAAGUUCUCAAAGACUUAUGAAAGAUCCUUCAAGGUUAGAUAAUAUCGAAAGAACUUUAAAAAGAUCAUUUUCUGUACCAAUUAGAGGUUAUGUACAAAGACAUAGUUUACCUUUAACUUUAGGAACUAAAAAAAAAAUUAUCACAGAACCAAGACCUUUACAUGAUCCAUCAGAUGAAUGUGCAAUUGUAUUAUACGAUCCAUCGGUAGAUGGUCAGAUGAUUAUUCAUGAUCCAAAUUUAACUACAAAUAUAUCGACUAAUGAGAAAUCUAAAUCAAAUGAAAAUGAAAAUGAUAAUAAUAAAAAAAAUUUAAAACGUGAAACUAUUCAUCCAAAACUAAUGUCUAAUGGUCUUAAAAAUAAAUCUUUAUUAGAAUUAUUAGGUCCAUCUGAUUCAUCUUUAGAAUUAAGUAAUAAAAAAUUCGCUAAUGUUCCUGUUGUAAUGGAUCCAAAGUUGACAAAAAUUUUAAGACCUCAUCAAGUUGAAGGUGUUAAAUUCUUAUAUAGAUGUGUCACGGGGCUUGCAAUGAAAGAUUAUUUAGAGUCAGAAAAAAUUACUAAUGCUUUAGAUUCACAACAGGAUUCAUCUAAGGAUUUAUCCUUAGAUGAAUUAAUUAAUAAAGACGAUAAAGAUUCAAAGGAUUCAGAGGAUUCAAAGACAUCAAAGAAAAAGACUAAAUCGAAGAAAAAAGAUAAAAAAAAGAAAGAAGUAAUACCAGUAUUGCCUGCUGUUAAUACAGGUGCAUAUGGUUGUAUUAUGGCUGAUGAAAUGGGUCUAGGUAAAACUUUACAAUGUAUUGCAUUAAUGUGGACAUUAUUAAGACAAGGACCUCAAGGGAAAAGAUUAAUUGAUAAAUGUAUUAUUGUAUGUCCAUCAAGUUUAGUCAAUAAUUGGGCUAAUGAACUAAUAAAAUGGUUAGGUCCAGGUACUUUAUCACCUCUAGCAGUUGAUGGUAAAAAAUCUUCUUUAGUUGGUGGUGCUAAUGCAACAGUUGCAGAUGCUGUUCAUGCUUGGGCACAAGCAAAAGGAAGAAAUAUUGUGAAACCAGUAUUAAUUAUCUCUUAUGAAACUUUAAGAAGAAAUGUAGAUCAAUUGAAAGAUUGUAAUGUUGGUCUAAUGUUAGCUGAUGAAGGUCAUAGAUUGAAAAAUGGCGAAUCAUUGACUUUUACAGCAUUGAAUAGUAUUCAUUGUCCCAGAAGAAUUAUUCUUUCAGGUACACCAAUUCAAAAUGAUUUAUCAGAAUAUUUCGCUUUAUUAAAUUUCUCUAAUCCAGGUCUCUUAGGGACAAGAACAGAAUUUAGAAAAAAUUUCGAAAUUCCUAUAUUAAGAGGUCGUGACGCAGGUGCAACAGAUAAAGAAAUGGAUAAAGGUGAAAGACAAUUACAAACUUUAUCGAAUAUUGUUUCGAAGUUUAUUAUUAGACGUACUAAUGAUAUUUUAUCAAAAUAUUUACCUUGUAAAUAUGAACAUGUCAUUUUUGUUAAUUUAAAACCAUUCCAAAAUAAUCUUUAUAAAAAAUUAUUAAGCUCUAAACAUUUAGUUAAAGGUGAAGGUGGAACAAACCCGUUGAUGGCAAUUAAUGUUUUGAAAAAAUUAUGUAAUCAUCCAAAUCUAUUGGAUUUUGAGAAAGAAUUUGCCGAUAUUGAUGAUGAAGAUCUUCAUAUUCCUAAUGAUUAUGAACCACCUAGUUCAAAAAGUAGAAAUGUUCAGACUCAAUAUUCAGGGAAAUUUUCCAUUCUAGAAAGAUUCUUACACAAGAUCCACACCGAAUCUGACGAUAAGAUUGUUUUGAUUUCAAAUUAUACUCAGACUUUAGAUUUAAUUGAAAGGAUGUGUAGAUAUAAUCAUUAUGGGUCAGUCAGAUUGGAUGGUACUAUGACAAUCAACAAGAGACAAAAACUGGUUGACAGAUUUAAUAAUCCUGAAAACGAAGAAUUUAUUUUCUUGUUAAGUUCCAAAGCAGGUGGGUGUGGUAUUAAUUUAAUUGGUGCCAAUAGACUGAUUUUAAUGGAUCCUGAUUGGAAUCCUGCUGCUGAUCAACAAGCAUUAGCAAGAGUCUGGAGAGAUGGGCAAAAGAAGGAUUGUUUUAUUUACAGAUUUAUCACUACAGGUACAAUUGAGGAAAAAAUCUUUCAAAGACAAUCCAUGAAGAUGAGUCUAAGUUCUUGUGUUGUCGAUGCCAAGGAGGAUGUCGAAAGAUUAUUUACUGCAAAUAGUUUAAAAAAAUUAUUCCAAUUUAAUGAAAAGACAAUAUGUGACACUCAUGAGACUUACCACUGUAAGAGAUGUAACGCAGAAGGUAAACAAAUUGCAAGAGCCUCUACAAUGUUAUAUGGUGAUGCAACAUCAUGGAAUCAUAUCAAUCAUAAGGGGCUGGAGAAGACCAAUGAUCAUUUGUUGCGUAACGAAUACAAACAUAACGAUAUCAGUUUUGCAUUCCAGUAUAUUUCACAUUAA